UCACAACCAGUGCCUCGUCUCCUGUAACGCGUCCCCCUCUAGCGAGUACUCCACCAGCAGUGGGAGCGGCUCAGACACGGAGGAUGACGUCAGCAGGGGCAGCAGGUCGGGCGGCAAGGCGCGGCUGCCAGCGAGGAUGGCGGUGAAGGCGGAGUUUCUGCAGGCGAGGGAGGCGGAGGCGGCUGUGGAGGACGAUGGGCCCAUCCCUCGCAUCACUGAAGACAAGGUGACGCUCAGCUUCGCACGCAGCGGAGGGCCCGGAGGGCAGAACGUCAAUAAACUGAACACCAAGGUGGACAUGCGAUUCAACAUGCUCGAUGCUGAUUGGCUGCCCGAACGGAUAAGAUGGAAGAUUCUCGAGCAGGAGAAGAAUCGGGUCAACAGUGAUGGGGAGAUUGUGGUAUCAUCCACGCGCACGAGAAACCAAAAGGGCAACAUUGAAGAUGCGCUUGCAAAGCUUCAGAAAAUCAUCGAUGCAGCGGGCUACGUCCCCCCACCACCAUCAGAGGAGAAAAAGGCCCGCAUCAAGAAGCUGUGA